AUGUUGGGCAGAGACCUGUGUGCGCCGUCCGCCGCCCACGGUGUUUGCGAGAUGUCAAGCAAGGAGCUUUUGCUGUGGGCAAGGCUUGAGUGCUCGCGCAACUCCGCACGUUCCGCGCAGAUCUCGAUCUUCCAAUCUUACCGCUGGCCUUUGCGCCUUGGGUUCCUGUGGUCUGCUCGCAUGGCACGUGACCGCGCCAUCCCCUCGGACAAGAAGAAGGAUCGCUGGAAUGACUUCAAGCCACGCCCCGUGGAAUAUGCCGUGGUGGGUAGCUUCUUCGCCUUGCUUGCUUCGACGUUCCUGAUCGUCCACCGCAUCCGCGGAGAAAAGCGUUUGGAGGGGCUGCGGCGUGAGGAAGCCGGAGACACCACCCGCCUGGAGUUCUUCGAGUUCACGCGGCCGAAGCCCCAUGCGACGCGGCCCCCGCCUGAAGGCUUCUUUCACUCGGACCACCUGCCGCCUCCGCCGGUGGGCACUUUCCAGCCUUCCUACAACCUCACCCGAUCUACCAUCUACAACUCUCUGAAGUUGUCUUUUCCAUGGCACUCCGUGAAGCUGGGCUGCCUCGUGGGCUCAGCAUCGGGCGCCCUGUGGUGUUUCUACUACAUGGCAAAGCAGCGCCGCUGGCUGAAGCAGGAGUUUGUCCGCAACCACGGCCAAGAGCUGGUGGCCAAGGGCAACAUUUGGGCACGAUGGUUCACAUGCCUGGACAUCAACUACUACCUGCUGAAGACGCUGCUGGCUUUCCUGCUGCUGUGGUUGGUGAGGCAACGGAUCGCCUGGUUCGAGAAUCUCAAGUUGAAGGUUUGGCAAGUUAAGCGAGAUGUGGAGAUGGUGUCUUUCCUGGUCGGAGCCUUCCUGACGGGCGAUGAGGAGGUGACCAUGCGCGCCAAGCACGACGUGCACCGGUGGCUCACGGCAGCACACUUCUGCAGCUACAAGAGUCUGAGCAGUGGCUUCAAGCAGUACGGCAUCAGCCACCUGGUCGAAGUGAACAUUCUUAGCGAGGCGGAGGGCAAGUGCAUCGAGAACUCCCUAGAGCGCAUGCGGCAUACCGGCGUGAUCCUCGCAGAUACGGCGGUCGACACUGGAUUCGUGCGCCGCAGCACCGUAGUGAAGCCUCAAGAUCUGAACUAUCGAAGAGCUGCAGACAUGGAGAGGAACACAAGCAGGAACUUUGUUCGCGAUGGCGACGAUUCCCGGCCCCGGCCAGAGGAGAUGGAGCUGGAGAGCAGCCAAACGGCCCAGGACCACCUCCUCUGGUGGGUGCAGCUGCGGAUCCUCGCAGCUGUAAAGGAGAAGCUCAUGGACAAGGACAAACUGAAGAAGAUCUUGGGCGCCCUUUGGAACGCCCGCGAUGCCAUGGCCGACCUGCAGAACGAAACCAACCGCAAGUUCAUCUUCGUGUGGGUGACGGUCAUGCAGCUGAUGGUGGAUUUCUUUAUCGUGCUGCUCCCAUUCCACGCGAUUUGCGCGAACUUCUAUCCCCACAUUUGGCUUCUUCCCGCCGCCAUGCUGGAAUGCUUCACGGUGACCGUCAUCUACGACGCCAUCCACCAGAUUACCGUCAUCCUCUUUGAGCCUUUCGGCUUGCUGCACGUAGACUCCUUGAACCUGGACCCUGUCCUAGUCCUGGCGGAGCGGUGCACCUUCGCCAACUUGGGGCGCACGGAAAAGGACGACAUCCCUGAGCCGCUGCUACAGAUCUGGCUGAAGUCAAAAGCCGUGAAGGAUAAGGACAAAGACGAUGAUGAUAAGAAGGAGAAGAAAGAGAAAAAAGACAAAGAUGAGAAAGGCGAAAAGGGAGACAAGGCGGAGAAGGAAAAGGACAAAGACGAUGAUGAUAAGAAGGAGAAGAAAGAGAAAAAAGACAAAGAUGAGAAAGGCGAAAAGGGAGACAAGGCGGACAAAGGCGAAAAUUCCGAGGAGAGCGAGAAGCCAAAGAAGAGUGAGGCUGGAAGCGGGAAAGAUGACAUCGCCAAGGAUGGCGAAGGUGAGAAUGGCCAGGUGGACGAGAAGGUUGCAAAAUCAGGUACCAAAGAGCAGGAGGAGCGAGCAGACUAA